AUAAAGAUCUGUUUAAAUAUAUGCAAAUAUUAAAUCCAUACUGUUUUUUUGAGAUAAAAUCACCAAACUUUCGAGUCAAAUUGAAUAAUAUCUUGGUCUGGUGUGGUCUUCACAUGAUUAAUCUAGACUCUGGAGUUUGCCCCUGAUUUCCAAAUAGAAAGGAAAUACCUAGAAGUCACUUGAGUGCAAAAUCUGAAAUAUGAUCACAAAGGAUUUAGUUUUUCUCCUUUUCUCCAUGUAUACGGCUUAUACCUUUGUUUGCUUUUGCAGCAAGAUUUGGAAAACUACUGAUGAAAUAGAAUCAGACAAGCUUGCUAAAGGAAUACAUGAAUGUGUGAUGGAAAUAAUUAAGAAAAGGGAAGAGAAAAUAGUGACUGGAGAAGCUGACAGUUUCAGCAGUGAUUUUCUAGGAUUACUUGUAAAUGCUUUUCAUGAUUCGGAUGACAAAAACAGGCUCUCCUUAGAAGACUUGGUAGAUGAGUGCAAAACAUUCUACUUUGUUGGACAAGAAAUGACUAAGUCCUUGCUCACGUGGACAGUCCUGCUUUUAUCAAUCCAUUCAGAUUGGCAAGAGAAAGCAAGACGAGAGGUGAUCGAGGUAUUCGGUGACAAAAAUCCUCAUUCUGAUGGCAUUUCCAAACUAAAAACUGUAAGCAAAACCGCAAUCUCUGACGAUUUCAAUAGCGUGCAUUACCAGCAUUUAAUAAAUUAUAAAUUUAUUUUGCUCACAGAUGAACUUGAUCAUCUAUGAAACCCUGAGAUUGUAUCCUCCUGUAUUUGCCAUAUCUAGAAAGGUUGCAAGAGAUGUUCAAUUGGGAAAGCUCAUUAUUCCUGUUAAUAUGGAGAUUAUGAUCCCGAUCAUAGCACUUCACCAUGACCCUCAACUAUGGGGUGAUGAUGUGCAUCUUUUCAAACCAGAGAGAUUCGCAGAAGGUAUUGCCAAGGCUACCAAAUACAAUACGGCUGCAUUCAGUCCCUUCUCAUUGGGACCUCGAUCUUGCGUGGGUAUGGGCUUUGCAACCACAGAAACAAAGAUUGCUCUCUCAAUGAUCCUACAACGCUACACUAUUACUCUCUCCCCAGCCUAUAUUCAUGCGCCAUUUCCUCAAUUUAUGCUUCAGCCACAACAUGGACUUCAAGUAAUGCUUCAUUCUUUACAGAGUGAUGCCUAAAGUUUUUAAAGCAAUAGCUGCUUCUAUUAGUGUCCAAAAUGGUAAAAUAGUUAUAAUAAGUGAGAAACAGUUGUAAAUAAUGGUGUGAUCAAUGUACAACACACAGUUCUUACCAGCCAUUUUUGGCUCCUAAUUACGUAUCAAUUCAAGUUUUUAAAUUGGGUGAUCCUUGACAUGCUGUCAGAGCCUUUCAGUUUUAAACAAUUUCUUCCUCUUUUCCAUAUUUCUUGGCCACUUACGGGUGCAGGGAACCGGGUAACUGGUGGAUUUGUCGACUACUGUAUCCAGAAUGCCAGUUGCAUGGCA